AGGAGCGCGCUCGGCUGGACGCGGAGGGCGGAGCGCGCUGCCCGCGGGAGCCGCCUCUCCCGUCGGAGCCGCGGUCGUGCAUUAAAGAAAGGAUCACUCCAGCCUCCGCGGCUGCCUGGCAAGAUCCGGGGGGCCGAGCGCGUGGCAGCCCCGAGCCCCCCGUUUCCCGGCCUGGCCGGAGGCAAUCUUGCGUCCUCGCGGCCUUUCCGUGCCCAAGCGACUUCUCCGCGCGCUCCCUACGCUUUUCCGGGGGGCUGCUCUUGUCCCAGGCCCGCACCCGUUUGCAGCGACUUCGCAGGGGUUCGGAGGAGCGGCAGGACUCAGGGCUCAGCCUGGAAGACAUGCAAGGAUGGCUGCGGGGACCAGUCGUUGAGGAAGGAGCAGCCGCGCGUUCAUGGCUAAGACCCGGACAUCGUCUGCACCUUCCCCGGGAUGCGACAGUUUCCUAGUGGUGACUCCUUGAUGCGUGGUUGCUGGCUGCUCCUGGGCUGGAGACAUGGCUGCUUUCCGAUUUGGGUUUGGAAGGCUGAAUUUUCAUCUGUUGAAGAGAAGGAGUUUCUUGUUGUUGAAACUCAUAGCUUUUGUCUGUUCCGUGCUUCUGUUUUGUGAAUUUUUAAUCUAUUACUUCGUGAUCCUUCCGUGUAAUUGGCCCGAGGUGAAAACUCCAGCCCAUGGCGGGAAACAAGAGACUCUCGAACCUGUCCUGAAAGCCAUGUUUUUGGCCGAUACCCACUUGCUUGGGGAAGUAAGAGGCCACUGGCUAGACAAAUUACGGAGGGAAUGGCAGAUGGAGAGAGCCUUCCAGACGGCUCUGUGGUUGUUGCAGCCGGAAGUCGUCUUCAUUUUGGGAGACAUCUUCGAUGAAGGGAAGUGGAGCUCCCCCCAGGCCUGGGCGGAUGAUGUGAAGAGGUUUCAGAAAAUGUUCAGACACCCAGGUCACGUGCAGCUGAAGGUAGUUGUUGGCAACCAUGACAUUGGCUUCCACUACCAGAUGAACAGAUACAGAAUAAAACGAUUUGAGAAAGUUUUCAACCCUGAAAGGCUAUUUUCAUGGAAAGGAAUUAACUUUGUGAUGGUCAACAGCGUCGCCCUGGAAGGGGAUGGCUGCAACAUUUGCUCUGAAGCAGAGGCUGAGCUCAUGGACAUUUCUCACAAGCUGAACUGCUCCCGAGAGGAGCAGCGCCCCAGCCAGUGUGGGAAUGGGCCGCCGCUGCCGGCCUCGGCCCCCGUCCUCCUGCAGCAUUUCCCGCUUUACCGGCGAAGCGACGCCAACUGUUCUGGGGAGGACGCCGCGCCCCCGGAAGAGAAGGGCAUCCCCUUUAAGGAGCGAUAUGACGUGCUUUCUCGGGAGGCCUCACAAAAGCUGCUGUGGUGGCUCCGGCCGCGCCUGAUCCUGAGCGGCCACACGCACAGCGGCUGCGAGGUGCUCCACGGGGCCGGGGUCCCCGAGCUCAGCGUGCCGUCUUUCAGUUGGAGGAACAGAAACAACCCCAGUUUCAUCAUGGGCAGCAUGACGCCCACAGAGUAUGCCCUGGCCAAGUGCUACCUUCCCUUGGAGGACACGGUUCUGAUCACGUACUGUGCAGCCGCGGGGUUCCUUGUGGUCGUCAUGUUGGUUCACCUUGGACUUGUAGCCUCACCUGUUCUUUUUGGUUAUAAGCUGCUCAGAAAGUUUAAGACAGUGUGAAGAGCAGGAGGCUUUCUGCAUUUAGUCAUCGACAUCAAAGCCAGAGAAACUGAACUUCAGGCAGUGCUCAUGGGAGAUGAGACCCAAGUAGACUGUCUUGAUGCACAUCACAGAAAUGCUAAAUCAUGGAUGCAAAUGACUGCAGAAUAGAUAGUGGAUUGUACUGUUCUCAUGCUAUGAAAGUGGAACAUGUACUCUACGACAAGUCUGUUUUCUCAUUUUUUUUCAAAUAUAUGUGGAAUCAAAGAUUGUAUCUGUACAAUAUGUAAAUGCUAUUUAUUAACGUCAUCACUUGCAUGCACUGGACAGGCCUUCCUUCCCCAGGAGGGAGCCAGCAGCCCUGGGGCACACGGGGGCUUAGGUGUGCACACACCAAAUAUGGGGUUCACUUCUGUCCUCCUGCGACGUCGUUCUCAAAGUCCUAUAUAGUAUAAAGCUGUACAAUGAAAAUAAAAGUACAGAUGAUAUGAGGAGGAAUAUACUGUCUACACAGACUUUUUAAAAUCAGGGUAAUUCUCUCUCUAGCAGACUGAGUUGUUAAAUUGGAACUUAAUGCCUGUCAAUGAUGAAAAUAAAUUUGAAAAAUGGAUGAGGGAGUGUUUUUUUUUUGUAUUUAAAAAUAAAUAUCUAGGUAAUUUUAAGCCAGA